CGAGAAGCAGCUACAGAGACUGUCGACGAAGGCCGAAAAGGAAAUGCGGGCACAGAGGCGGCAAGUCAAAAAGUUAAGUUCCUUAUUAUGUGUAAUUGCCGAACAAGCUCUUACCCAAGGUAACAUCGAUGGUGCCAGAAUCUAUGCCGAAAAUGCAAUACGGAAGAAGAAUGAGUCUUUGAAUUACCUCAGAUUUGCCGGGAAGUUAGACGCAGUUCGUUCUAGAUUGCAGACCGCAAAUUCUGUUAAACAGAUGACUAAAAAUAUGAACGUAGUGGUGAAAUCCCUGGAAUCCGCCUUGAGCGACAUGAACCUUGAAAAAGUUUCGAAAAUAAUGGAUAAGUUUGAAAAGGAGUUUCAGGACUUGGAUGUCCACACGGCGGUUCUCGAAGGUAGCAUCGCCACCACGACUACCCUCAGUGCUCCUCAAGAACAGAUUGAUUCGUUAAUUCGGCAGGUCGCCGAAGAAAAUGGCCUUGACAUCGCCAUGCAGUUGCCGUCGGUGACACCUGCAGUUGCUGAGCGUGCGAAAGAAGAGGAAGAUGUUCUGCGGAAGAGGUACUUAAUCACUGUAGUUGUUUAACG